AGACAGAGAGAGUGAACGCCAUCUUGUUUAUUUUAGUCGGAGGAGGGGUGGAAACACAGCCACCACCAUCACCAUCAGCCGCAGCACCACCAACACAGCCGGCUGAAGGAGAAAAGCACCAAACGGCUCACCGGCCUUCCCCUUUCCCCUUUCCCUUGAAGUGAGGAGGCACUGAGACGAUGUUUUAUGCCCACUUUGUCCUCAGCAAACGUGGGCCGCUGGCCAAAAUCUGGCUGGCGGCCCACUGGGACAAGAAGCUGACCAAGGCGCACGUGUUUGAGUGCAAUCUGGAGAGCAGUGUGGAGAGCAUCAUCUCACCCAAGGUGAAAAUGGCUUUACGAACAUCGGGGCAUCUGCUGCUGGGAGUGGUGAGAAUCUACCACAGGAAGGCCAAGUACCUGCUGGCAGACUGUAACGAGGCUUUCAUCAAGAUCAAGAUGGCGUUUAGACCAGGUGUGGUGGAUCUUCCAGAGGAGAACAGAGAAGCAGCCUACAACGCCAUCACGCUGCCUGAGGAGUUCCACGAUUUCGACCAGCCACUACCAGACCUAGAUGAUAUUGACGUCGCACAGCAGUUCAACUUGAACCAGAGCAGAGUGGAGGAGAUCACUAUGAGAGAGGAGGUGGGCAACCUCAACCUGCUGCAGGACAAUGACUUCGCUGACUUUGGUAUGGACGACCGGGAGAUGAUGCGGGAGGAGAGCGCGUUCGAGGUGGACAUCAUGGCAGCGUCGGCUUCCAACCUGCUGCUGGAGGCUGAGGGUGGAGCUAACGCGAUGGCUGACAAGUCCAACCAUCUGGAGUACGACGAUCAGUACAAGGAUGACUUCGGAGACAACCCCAUGGAGAGCAACGAGGGAGGCAUGCUGGUGGACAAGCUGCUGAGUAACGAGGAUGGAGGAGGCAUCUUCGACGACCCUCCUGCCAUCACAGAGAGUGUGAUGAUGCCUCAGGAUCAUGGAGACGAUGAGGAUGACUUUGACGCUCUCUCAGCGGGAGCUCCAGAUAGUCCAGACUCAGGCCCAACAGAGCCCCUUCCAGCCAUGGCAGACCAGACAGAACAGACCACGCUCGUCCACAACGAGGAGGAAACCUUUGCCCUGGAGCCGAUUGACAUCACAGUGAAAGAGACCAAGGCGAAGCGUAAGAGGAAGCUGAUUGUGGACAGCGUGAAGGAGCUGGACAGUAAAACCAUCCGCGCGCAGCUGUCUGACUACUCUGACAUCGUCACCACCCUGGACCUGGCACCUCCAACCAAGAAGCUGAUGAUGUGGAAGGAGACGGGAGGAGUGGAGAAGCUUUUCUCACUCCCUGCUCAGCCUCUCUGGAACGCCAGGCUGCUCAAGAUGUUUACAAGGUGUCUGACUCCUCUCGUACCGGACGAGUUGAGGAAGAGGAGGAAAGGUGGAGAGGCUGACAGUCUGGAUGAGUUCCUCAAGGAUCUGGAGAACCCGGAGGUGCCCAGAGAGGAAACAACAGGACACCAGCAGAGAGACAUCAUGGACCAGACCAUCAUGGAGGAGGCCAGUGUUCUGCAGACUUCAGCUGUAGAAGGCAGCAGGACGACGCUGGACGAUUCAGCCAUGCCCCCUCCAUCUUCCCAACGCGGCCUCAAACGCAAAGCCCAGGACACAGAACCAGCUCUGCCUAUGGGAGCUUUGGACCAGCAACAGCAACAACAGCAACAACAACAGCAGCAGCAGCAGCAGGGGUCCAGAGCCUCUGAUGUGCCCCAGCAGCUGGAACCAUCCAAUGUGGAUCUGCCUCCAGAGGAAACCACCAACAUCAGCCAGCUGAUAGAGCUGGACCUGCUUGGCGACAAGGACAAGAAGAAGAACGAUGAUGAGUCUGAUGAGGAGGAGGAGGAGGCACAGGGAGGAGACCAGGACCAGGAGGAGAGGAGGUGGAACAAAAGAACUCAGCAGAUGCUCCAUGGCCUCCAGAGGGUGAUGGCCAAAACAGGCGCCCAGUCGGUCGGCCUGCUGGAUCUGUGCAGGAACAACAACAAGAAGCAAGCGGCAGCUAAGUUCUACAGUUUCCUGGUUCUGAAGAAGCAGCAGGCGGUGGAGCUCGUACAGGAGGAGCCUUACAGCGACAUUAUUGCUACGCCCGGCCCUCGCUUCCACAUCAUCUAAAAAACACAACUUUGUACUUCGAAAAGGAAAACAAAAACUCUUCGGUGUACACCACAGGACUGUCUGUCUGUUAAAGGUGGUAUCGGCGAUUCUAAUCCAACACACUUUGUCAAAUUCAGCAAAUCUGCGAGCUGUCUGUUCUGUGUGUGCUCUAAAAAAAAAGUUCAUACACAGCCUGACAGACAUAAGAAUGUAACACAAAUAACAUUUAAGAUAUUACUGGAGCUUCUGAAGGAUCACUAAUGGGACAGUCUAUCUAUUUGGUUGUUGAGUUCAAAUACUAACAAUCCUUCCCCAGAAUCGCAGACUCCACCUUGAAGUUUUAUUUAUUUAUUUGAGUUUGUUGACUUUGUUUUGUAUAUGUUGUGGAGUUUUAUCUUCUGUCUGCAAUAUUUUAAUGUCAAGCAGUGGUGGGAGGAAAGAGGUCUGAGUAACAUGGUUGGAUUAGAAAGAGGUUUCUUCCUUGAAAAAUUCCACAUGGACCGGGGAACUUUCAAAUGGACUUGUAUUUGUACAGCCCCUUUCUAGUCUUCCAACCACUAAAAGCAACUCUAGAUGUCCCAUGUACCCAUUCACACACACAUUCACACACUGGUGGCCGAAGCUUCCAUACAAGGUGCCACCUGCUCAUCAGGCAAACAUGCACCCACACUCACACACCCAUGGAGGAUCAAACCUUCGAUCUUCUGAUUAGUGGAUGACCUGCUGUACCCAUGGAUGUAUAAAGAGAACUGGAUAUAGUGUUGUAGGUGGAGCACUGUUCAUUUUCCGCGUAUAAAAUUACCCGGAUGAUUGGCACUGCGUCCGCACUGUGUGGCCGAUAGAGCAGGUGCACUAUACACUUCUGUCAGCUGAGGCGGCUACUUCGAUUUAGCGCUCUGUUAACUUGAUUGGGGAUAAAAUGAUUCAAUCGUGUGACUCUUCUAGAUUUUCUACUGUUAUUUUGGAAAAUCCCAAUAGUGGAACAUUUUGCAGGGGUUGUAGUGCUCAAAAAAAUAUAUCCACUGAUUAAAAGACAUCUUUUCAGCCAUGUAAGUCAAUGGGAAAAAGUCUUUUUGGCCUGCAGGGCAUCACAUGAUGGUGUAAUUACACUGUUUGGCCACUAUGGAAAUUGGCAUCAAAGCUCAGUGCACCUCCUGGAGGCCUGAAUUUGCUCAGUAGCGCAUGAAGCCAAAAAAGUUCAACUUCCCGGUUGUAAAGUUCCCUGAAUCUUCCGCAUCAUUGCGCCCAUAGGGCACACACACUUGAGGCUUCGCUGGCCGAGCAGGCUACUUCCAGAUUAGCCCUCUGCUAACUUGAAUGGGGAUAAAAUAACAUAAUUGUGCACCUCUUCUACAUUUUUGAAAUGUAAUCGAGCUGAAUGGAUCAAAUCUCAGUAUUGAAAAGACUUAAUUUGCUAGGGCUGUGAUGCUCAAAAAAAUGUAUCCACUGAUUUACAGGUGUCUCUUUUCCAUUGUAAAUCUAUGGAAAAAGUAUUUUUGGCCCCAAUGUCAAAUUGGCUACAAAGUCCGCUAGCUAAGUUAGUAUUAAUUUAGCGAGCACUGUGUAUUCCCUUCUUGUUUUGAGUUGCUGCCAGCUCUUAUUUUUCUAAGCAGAUGUCACCAACUUUUCUUCCCUGUUGUGUUGCUCUGCCACAGCCCCUAAAUUAAAAGGAGUCUGUUUACGGUGGGAGUGAAAACUCCAUCAGCCGUGUUACUUGGAGACUCAUCUGUCCCACCACUGAAGAACAAAAGUUCUCAUGUACACUGACGUUAGCCAAAAGGAGCAUGCACUAUCUCCAGACUAGUCUGUAAGAGUACGUUUAAACAGUUACUACAAUAGUGAUUUUGCAGACUCACCCAGCAGUUAAUUAUUAUACAACUGUAGUGUAGCACUUUAAGCAUUACAAACUCAAAAAUUGUCGUUUUUGCAAAUGCAUUGCUUGCAUCAUCGGCUGUUUGCUCAAAACUACAGUUGUGUCCGAAGCAUUUUUUUAAAUGUGCUGCUGUUGCACACUAUUCUCCAACCAUGUAACGCACAAAGGAAAUAGAGAUGCUCACUAGGGCUGCAACUAACAGUUAUAUUAAAUGUGGAUUAAUCUGUAGACUGUUUUUCGCUAUUAAUCGAUUACUUGUUUGAUCAAUAAAAUGUGAAAAAUGUCGAUCAGUGUUUUCCAAAGCCCAGGAUGAUUUGUCCACAACCCAAAAAUAUUCAGUUCACUCUCACAGACGAGUAAAGAAACCAGAAAAUAUUCACAUUUAAGACGCUGGGAUCAAAGAAUUUGACUUUCAACAAACCAGUUAAUUGAUUAUGAAAUUAGUUGGUGACUAAUUUAAUAGUUAACACCUAAUCUUUUAAUCUUUGCAGCUCUAAUGUUCACAGCUGGAAAAAUAUUCAGCUGAUGUGGGUGCUGGUCCAACUGCUCCAAGGACACUUGAUAAAAAAAAAAAAAACUAUUACAUUUUUUAACAAAUAUAAUGCUAAGAUUAACUGACAGUAGCAUUCAAAAGCUGCAGUGUAAUUAAUGUCCAACCACACACUUAUUUUAUAAUUUUUAUGGUGAUUUCUUGUAUACAGACUCCAAAACUUUAAAGGUUGGUAUAUAGUACAUACUGUAUAUAAUUAGUGUGUAACUAUGACACAGCUCAUAAAAAGCAUCAGAGUUUCAACCUAUAGAUAAUGUAAACAUCAGCGGUCUGUUAUACUUGCAUGCUUUGCCCUGAAAUAUUUAGGGUUAGGCUUUGCCCUGAAAUAUUUAGGGGUUCAAGCCUGGGCUGAAAGUGAACCCUAUUGUUUUGUGCUGUUUUAGUAGUAGUAGGAGUAUUCAGAAAUGUUUUUGCAAAUGUCCGUAAGAUGGUACAUCAUAGAGACAUGAAAUGUUCACCAAUAAUUGGAAGUUCCUCAAGAAAUACAAUGCCAAUCGACUUGAUGGUGGUGCUAGAAGAAAUUUUGAUUUGAAAGGCCGCCCCCUUCGCACCGUAUGUCAGAUUGACUUGAAAUUCGACACACAUGUCCAGCUGAAUGUGCUCUACGAUAUCUUCAAGAACCAUUAAGGUCCAUCUGACUAGAUUUUCCACCAUUUUUAAUUUUUUUAAAAACGCAUUUUUGACAUUUGCUCCUAAGCAGUAGGUCUGAUUGGCACCAAAUUUUCUGUGGAUCAUCAUUAGAUAAACCUAAUCAAAAGCUAUCAAAAGCUUUUUGAUAUGUCAUUGUGUUUUGAUAUUGACCAAUGACAUUUAAAGGGGGCGUGGCUCAGCACAUAACUCCAGAACCUCAGGGUCAAUCAUCACAAAACUUGCACUAGAGGGCAGCACAUAUGCAAAACAUGGGCAUGUAAUUAGACAAAUCAGACUAGACAUCGGAAUUGAUAGUCCAGUCCAGUCACUACAGAACUUGCAGGGUUUGUGAAAUAACAGUGAACCAUGUGUAUUAAUUCAUUUUGAAAUCAGUCAAUAGGGGGCGCCAGCAGUUACAAACAAGUGCAAUGGCCUUCCACAAAAUUUGGCCAUAAAUCAAUGACGGGUUUGACAAACUUGGGUGGACUUUAACUAAGCCAUUAAAGCAUGUCCCUAAAAUGUUUCUGGAGUUGACCAAUAGGCAGUGACAGAGUUUCCAAAGAAGAGCAUGGCCCGGUAUAGAUUUAAACAUAACUGAAUGAGCUUCUCUCUGAUUGUCAUGAAACCUGUUAUCUUUAAUGCAGACAUAC